AUGGAUUGGUUGAUGUCUUUUGGUCAACGGCGAUCAGACCGCAAACAUGAAAAACUCAAUCCUCACUCAUUAACUCUGCCUGGUUCUGAGCGCAUCCAUCAGUCCCUCUUGGUCAAGCCAAACGAUCUACUAGAGACGCCACCCGACGAAGAUGUGACAACAAUUUUCGAUUUACUUCAAAGAGCCGUGAAAUUGACGAACAAUGGCAAAUUCAUAGGUGAACGAGCGGCAGACGGUAGUAUUGAAUGGAUCAGCUAUAAACAGGCAAUUGAAGAUGCGAAAUCAAUGGGAUCAGCGUUGCUGCACUUCGGUAUUGAAGCAGGUGAAUCGACUCGGGUCGGGAUAGCGGGUCUGAAUUCAUCACGUUACAUGAUCACUCAAUAUGCUCUACUGAGCUAUUCGAUUGUUGCGGUUCCACUCUACUACAACUACAAAUUCGAUGCGUUAUGUGAGAUAAUCAACAACUGUGAUCUUGAAGUGAUAUUUUGUGACACUCUCGGACGAGCCGAAUCUUUCAUCAAAUGUGCAAACGACGGGAUGUUGACCUCAUUGAAAAGAAUCAUCAUCAUGGAUCGAAAUGUCCAAUUUCAUGAUGUACCUCACCAGGAUUGUCAGCAG